AUGGCUUUGCGUAAGCACCCACUGCCAAAGCCGACGGGCCAGUCGGAGGAUCUUUUGCAGUAUCUUGUGUCCCAUCUUGUGGAUUGUGAUUCGGUGUUCGCGGACGAAAAGCAGCGUCUCUACGCCCUCUCGGGGCUCAAUCUGUCCUGUAUCUCUGCCAGUCGAGCCGUAUCUUUUUUUGACACGAGACACCGCCUUCAAUUUCAGGCGGACGGCACUUUGGUACCACCUGUAGACACGUCAGCUAAGGUUAGAACGCCUUUGUCUUCCAUCGAGGAGCCCCUGUGUGAUCCAGGCACCAAAAUCAACUUGCAAAACGACGAUCAUGGGGAAGGAGGCUCGACAUCCGAGACGAGCUCGUAUUCUGACUCGGAAGUGGAUACGGCGAGCGACAGCGAUCACCAGUCGGACUGUUCCAGUGUCACAGAUGACGGGUACCUUAACGGGAACGAGGAGACGGGCACCAUUCUUUGGCGGCACGUGGAGUUCUACAUUGUUCGUAACCCAGUGCCUGGACGUCGCCAUAUCUUAGCCGCCAUUGUGUCCAUCCUGCAUACUAAAGGGGAAGGAAGGAAGUUUCGGCUGAAGAGAUACGUUAUCGAGCACGAGGAUAAUUUGAUAUUCGAUGUGCUAUCACAGCUUCUGGCGCUGGCAAUACAUGAUGAUAUCUUCGAGGCUACUAUUCAAGAUGUGUCCCAUAUAUACACAGUACCAAUUCCUGAUCAUCGAAAGGGCAUCCAACUGAAGAUAAAGAGAGAAAAGCUGGAUGUAUCGGUCUUCCGUGAGCCUGAACGUACUCCCCAGGGCUACAGGACAUCUGAUUCGUGCCCUCUGAAGUCCAAGACCUGGAGCCGAUAUGUCAAACGGAUUGGAGUGCGAAGUGGCCAGGAACGUAACCUUACACAGAAGGUGUUCCGGCGCGGUGCAAUUAAUGCCAUUAAUAACAGCGCUCCAUCCUCGAUCCGUGAUCAAGUCGCGGAUCACGAAUCUAAUGCCGUGAAAUACUACCUCAAUGAGAUAGUCGAUUUUGAUACAGCGGCAGCGUUUCACAAACGCCCAUCGAACGAGGUCGUUCAACGUGAGCUGAGAUCAGCGACCUUGCUGGCAGAUAAAACCGCACCUAUUGGAUUGACGGCUACCCAGGCUAAAAAAAUCACUACAGACCCAGAGGUCCGUCGUCUUCGAAGAGUCUGUCGCGCAUUGACUGCGGAAAUUCGCAGCCAGGGCUAUAAACGUGUGAAGGAUGCCGCAGGCACCGAGAUUGGUGAGCGGAAGAAACGUGCAGAUGCCGAGCUCAACAGUACACUUACGAGGCUCCGAGAGGAGGAGAAGGAGAGGAAUCGCCGAAGGCACUUUAGGAAGACAGACACGGCUAUUUUCAACCAACAGUACGAGCUCGAUCGGACCUCUCCUGAGGCUAAACUACAGCCUCAUGUGGCCCGGACCUACCAAAUCCUCGAGCGCAAGGAGCUCGUUGAUCUGCUCUGCUAUUCAACUCCUACCAAAACAGACGAAGAAGCUCAUCUUCGACGGUUAAGGUACAUCCGCCUUAUGGUCCGAUGGCAAGACCGGAAGGAGAGCCCUCGGCGGGGUAAGCAGUCAGUGACCAUACCAAAGCCCCAGGCAGCGAAUCCUUCAUCUGCCUGUGUCGUCGAAAAUUUCGACCCACUGCAAUGUCCAUUCUGCCUUUCGGACACGCGCCUCUCACCUGCUGACCGCACGAAGCGAAAGAGCAAAACAAACAAGCUCUGGGACCACGUGGAAAGGAUUCAUGAGCAAGAGCUUGCAGCAUUUGACUCGGGAUUUCGCAAAUGCGGACUAUGUAGGCUGAAGAAUAUUGACUUUGUGCCAUCUAGCGUGUCCAAUUUCAAGAACCACACCCACACCGUCCAUGGAAUCAGACUUAGACCCUAG